AAAAUUUAUCUGUCAUCAUCAGAUUCAUAAUCACAUUGCCAAAUUUACUUCCUUUGUUGAAGAAAUCAAAUCUUCAUUUCUGGAACCCAAAAUAAAAAUGCAUUUCGCAAAGCUCGAUGAUUCCCCCAUGUUCCGCCAGCAGCUGCAGUGCUUGGAGGAAAGUGCAGAAUCAUUACGCAUCAGAUGCUGCAAAUUUCACAAAGGAUGUCGAAAAUAUACGGAAGGAUUAGGAGAGGUAUAUGAAGGGGACGUGGCAUUUGCUACUGCCCUUGAAGAUUUUGGAAGUGGCCAUAAUGAUCCUCAUUUUGCUGCUUUAGGAGAACCUGUGAUGAGCAAAUUUACUACUGCUUUGAGAGAAAUCAGUACAUACAAAGAACUUCUUCGGUCACAGGUAGAGCAGAUGCUUACUGACCGGUUACAACACAUUAUGAAUGUUGAUAUCCAUGAAGUCAAGGAAGCUCGGAAGCGUUUUGACAAAGCUUCUGCUGUAUAUGAUCAGGCACGAGAAAAGUUUAUGUCACUGAAAAAAAGCACAAAGCCUGAUAUUGCCACUACCAUGGAAGAGGAAUUGCAGAAUGCAAGAACCUCAUUUGAAGAAGCACGUUUCAAUCUGGUUGUUGCUCUCAAUAAUAUUGAGGCCAAAAAGAGAUUUGAGUUCUUAGAGGCUAUCACUGGAAUCAUGGAUGCUCAUCUUCGAUACUUUCAACAGGGAUAUCAACUAUUACAUCAGAUGCAACCUUUCUUUAGCGAGAUUUUGGAUUAUGUACAGCAAUCAAGAGAAAGUUAUGAUGAAGAGCAGAUUUCUCUUUAUAAAAGAAUGGAAGAGUACAAAAAACGAGUUUAUCAAGAGAGUAGAAUGUCUUUAAAUGGCCCUUAUGGUUCUCCUAAUGGAGACUCUGUCCAUCCUUUUUCUAGGAUAUCAAAUGAAGUGGCUGAUGUAGUGAAGGAAUCUGCUGCAAAUGGAAAGGUUGAAAUCAUUAGACAAGGUUUUCUCUCAAAGCGAUCCUCUAAUUUAAGGGGUGACUGGAAAAGAAGGUAUUUUGUUCUUGAUAGUCGGGGAAUGCUAUACUACUAUCGCAAACCAUGGAAUGGUGGCACUGAAAAUGGUUCUGGGCUUCUAAGUCGAUGGCUUUCUUCUCAUUACCAUGGAGGUGUCCAUGAUGAAAGAUAUGCAGCACGUCACACAGUAAACCUGCUGACAUCCACAAUUAAAGCUGAUUCUGAUCAGUCAGAUUUAAGAUUCUGCUUCAGGAUUAUCUCACCAUCAAAGAACUAUACAUUGCAGGCAGAAAAUGCAGUGGACCAGAUGGAUUGGAUGGAAAAGAUAACCGGAGUCAUUGCAUCCUUGUUGAGCGUCCAGUCACUGGGAACGCCUCCCUGUGCUAAGCGAAAAACUGGAGACAGUGACACUGCUAAGAAGACUGAUGUGCCAGAAAGUUCUCUAGAUGAUGGUCACACCGUGACCGACAAGUCUGAAUCAAGGAAAUACACUACUCCCGGUAGCCAAUAUCGUACAUAUAAGAGUUUGCAGUUGCAAAGACACAAUAUGAAAAGUGAAAAGCCAAUUGAAUUUCUAAGAAGGGUGAGUGGAAAUGACAAGUGUGCAGAUUGUGGUAAACCUGAACCAGAUUGGGCAUCCUUAAACCUUGGCAUCCUUAUAUGCAUUGAAUGUUCCGGUGUUCAUCGUAAUCUUGGAGUACAUAUAUCAAAAGUAAGAUCAUUGACACUUGAUGUGAAAGUCUGGGACCCUUACGUCUUAGCCAUGUUUAAGACACUGGGCAAUUACUUUGCAAACUCAGUUUGGGAAGAGUUAGCUUCAAAGAGUACUUUGCAAACUGAUGAUAAUGCAUCUGUUGGUUCAUCCAAUGCCAGGGGAGACAAAGUAAAAAAACCGAAACCUGAUGAUUCUAUUUUUUAUAAAUAUCAAUUUCUAUUUUCUUUAUACUCUGAGAAAAUGUUCAUUUGCCGAACAAAAGAAAGCCACUCUGUCCAUUCUGUGGCAAAAAAAGUGUGGGAAAGCAUUUGUGCCAAUGACAUGAAAGCAGCGUACCGGCAUAUUGUCAAGUCAGGUGUGGAUGUCAAUGCCAUCACUGGCCACACAUUAUCUGAAGGUUCUUGCAACAUGACUUCAUCAGAUAAAUCAAACAUAUCAUCACCAUCUCAACGUGAAAAUCAGCUGAUGAAUGAGAACAUACAACUUGGUUCUGGUGUGCUUCACCUGGCAUGCAUCACUGCUGAUGCUGGUAUGGUGGAGUUGCUCCUACAAUAUGGUGCAGACAUUAAUGCUUGCGAUUCGAAAGGUCAGACACCACUUCAUUACAGUAUUACUGCAGGAAAUACUGAAGCUGCAAAAGUGCUACUUAUGAGGGGGGCCAAUUCAAAUGCUGCAGAUAAAGAAGGCAACACUCCUAUUAAGCUAGCAUCACAGUCCAACUCCAUUGACGCUGAAACCUUGGCUCUCUUGGCAAGAAGAUGACAUAUAUGACAACAAAAACUACCCUUAAGCAGUCAUUGAUUUUCCAUGUCUCAAGAUUAAAUCAAACCUAUAGUUUGAGUGCAAUGGAUAAAGGAGAAACGUAACUAGAACUAGCUAGCCAUGCAUAUAAAGUGAUGCAAAGGGGGCUGGAGUUGGACCACGAUAUAUACUUGAAGGAUGUGGGGCUACCACCAUCUCGGUGUCGCAGGCUCUACUCUCUUUGAACUUUUGAAAAUUGGAUCAUUAUCAUGAUCGUGUAACCAUGUCCAUAUGUAUUCUAAACGGGGUAUACGAAGAAGAGAGGCAGAAACUCACCUGCAGUCCACUGCAGGUGAAGUUGCUUUUGGAUGGCUGACAUGUGUUGCU